AUGAUAAUUGAUCAGGUGGCUGUUGAUCUGUUCGCCGAGCUUGGCAAUUGGUGGCUGUUGAUCUGUUCGCCGAGCUUGGCAAUUGAUUCGCAAACGUUUCGUCACCAUUCGAGGAGACAUCUUCAGUGCGCUGUUGGUUGGAGAAGCCGACCACGACGCAAUACAGAUCAAGAACGGGCCAAUCAGAAUCCAGGUUACAGCGCAAAGGCUGCUCUUUGUAGACCAUAUAAACGCAGGCACAAAGAGAGGAACUACCCAACCAACAGCGCACUGAAGAUGUCUCCUCGAAUGGUGACGAAACGUUUGCGAAUCAAUUGCCAAGCUCGGCGAACAGAUCAACAGCCACCCGAUCGAUUACCAAUCUCCCAGUAG